AUGAACUUCAUUAACACAAAAGAUGUGAACUUCGUAAGUUCUGAAGAAAACGUGAGUCAAGAUUCAAAUCCUCGUGGAGAAGCACAAAUCGAAACUCAAAAUCAAAGCUUUGCUGAGGAGAAGAAGGUAGAUAGAUUCAUGCUUCAACGAAAAAGCAUGAAGAAGAACAACAACGAUCCUCAAACAAACAGGCAUAAUCAUAACUAUGUCCUUAUUAAAACGGCGUCGCGUCCAGUAAAACGCAUCGCAAAAGCUACUCUGUUCCUCGUAUUUUGUCUCUUCAUAUCUGCUGGUCUCUUAGACUUUUUGGGUUGUCUUGAUUUCACAACUCUUGCAGGUCUGAAGCAAGUAUCAACAACAAUCAGAAAACCACCAAUCACGGAGCAAAGAUUCCCUAGCCAAUGCGACGUCGUACAGAACCAAACACAGCAGCAAAUUCCAAUUUCCGAAAACAACAAAAAUCACAUAAGCAGCCAUUCACGACCAUCCACGUGUCCAUCGUACUUCCGUUGGAUCCACGAGGAUCUACGGCCAUGGAAAGAGACAGGUAUAACGAGAGGGAUGCUCGAGAAAGCAAGGAGGACGGCGCACUUCAGGGUUAUAAUCCUAGACGGGAAAGUGUACGUUAAGAAGUACAGAAAAUCAAUCCAGACAAGAGAUGUUUUUACUCUGUGGGGCAUCGUACAGUUGCUCCGGUGGUACCCAGGGAGAUUGCCCGAUCUUGAGCUCUUGUUUGACGCUGAUGAUAGACCAACCGUCAGAUCAAGAGACUUCGCAAGUCAACAACACCCGGCCCCACCUCCUUUAUUCCGUUACUGCUCUGAUGACGCCAGCUUGGAUAUCGUCUUCCCUGAUUGGUCCUUCUGGGGCUGGGCUGAAGUUAAUAUAAAGCCUUGGGCUAAAUCGCUGGUGGCAAUAGAAGAAGGGAACAAGAUUACUCCAUGGAAAGACCGCGUGGCGUAUGCUUAUUGGAGAGGAAACCCCCAUGUGGCCCCUACUAGAAGAGAUCUUCUUAGAUGUAAUGUCUCAGACAAAGAAGAUUGGAACACUCGUCUCUACAUCCAGGAUUGGGAUAGAGAAUCAAGAGAAGGAUUCAAGAAUUCAAACCUAGAGAACCAAUGCACACACAGGUACAAGAUUUAUAUAGAAGGAUGGGCAUGGUCAGUGAGUGAGAAAUAUAUUAUGGCAUGUGACUCGAUGACAUUGUACGUGAGACCAAAGUUCUAUGAUUUUUACAUACGAGGAAUGAUGCCGUUAGAGCAUUAUUGGCCAAUCAGAGACAACUCAAAGUGUACUUCCCUCAAACACGCCGUGCAUUGGGGAAAUACUAAUUUGGAUCAGGCGCAUAAAAUAGGGGAAGAAGGGAGCAGAUUUAUAAGAGAGGAGGUCAAAAUGGAAUAUGUGUAUGAUUACAUGUUCCAUUUGAUGAACGAGUAUGCAAAGCUUUUGAGAUUUAAGCCGGAGAUUCCUUGGGGAGCGACAGAGAUUACGCCGGAUAGCAUGGGAUGUCCGGCAACGGGACGGUGGAGAGAUUUUAUGGCGGAGUCGAUGGUGAUGUUUCCUAGUGAAGAGUCUCCUUGUGAGAUGCCUCUUCCUUAUGACCCUCUGGCUUUAAGAGAGGUUCUUGAGAGAAAAGCUAAUUUGACUCGUCAAGUUGAGUUGUGGGAAGAUCAAUACUUUCUUAAUUUGACCAAUACAAAGAAGCCUUAA